AAUGGACCCCCUUUGAUUCUCAACGCCCACGGGUCCUACUGGUGGCAGAAGUGGACGGGUGGGUGGAGGGAAAUUGAAGGGACAGUGUUAUAUUGUAUGUUUUGUGUGUCUUGUUUGUAUAAAAAAUUAAUAAAAUUGUUAUUAAAAAAGAAAAGAAAAUGCUUUUUAUCCUCCGGCAGGAAAAUAAUGAAAAAAAGGCAUUCAUGUACAUCGGUAGAAAUAGAAUAGAUUUGGACCUUGUCAUGAAAUUUGGCACAGAAUAGUGGAUGAAGAAGGACUCAAUAGCAGCUUGCAUGUGGGUCGCAAGAUAGGUAAUGCAUGUAUUAGGAAUCAAGUUUUGAAGCCUGUGUCCAGUUUUGUCCCAGAAAAACUGGGGACUAAGAAACAAGAAGUGAGCAGAGCUGGCUGGUGCUGCCAUCCAUUUAUUAUAAUUAUGAUAUAAAUAUCAUAAUUAUUCUGCCACUCCUGUCAAAGGGGCCCAGGGCAGCAGACACAGGAAAAGUAAAACAGUGUCAGACUAGUGGGUUUAACUCCGCGAAAGGUUACACUCUUGUACCUGCUACACUGGAUCUUGUGGAUCUAGGGAGUUUAUCCAGUGACCUAUUUUAAGCAGGAAAGCAGUUGGCCUUUUGAUAGCUUGUCUAUUUUAUGCUGACAGAAAUAAGUUCACUGGAAAAAGUGUCACCCUGUGGUGGCAGGGAGAAAUGACAUCUACACUUUGUUUCAGUUCAUGUAUUAGCCUCAUAUGUCUAAUUUUUCUUCUCUGCACUGUGACAGGCACCCAUCAUUUAAUGUCAGCCCCAUCCCAUAUAUGCCUUGAAAUAUUUACCUACAUUCCUUAAAUCUCUGGUAUUUAUUCUGGCAAUCGUAGUGUUAUUUAACAGAUUGUUUUCCUCUCUCUUUUCAGGUCUCUGGAUGGCAGACUCUGAAAAGAAAUGCAGUUUUAAGAGGUAUGUUGACCAUGUGUGCUUCUUGGGAAAAGAGCGCUUUACUGAUGGAAUUGGACUUCUCGCGUCUCACUUUAAAUAGAUGAAAGGGGAAACAGGGAUUGAAAACAACAAGCACACCUAAAUUGAAAUCGGCGCUUUUGAAGUUCUAGUCACUAUAAAAAUUUGCAAAACGCUUAGUUUUACUGUAAAGAAUAAAAUUGCUGCUGUCCCACCAGAUAGAACCUGUUUUAGCCUCAACAUCAGAUUUGUUAUGGGUCCAGUAUAAGUUGCUUUUAAUGUUAGCCUUUAGUGUUAGGGUGUGACAGUUGUGUAGAAGCUCAGGGAGGAUGAGGUAACUGUUUUAAUCUUGAGGGGUUUUUAAAUGUAGGAAUACUUUUUUUAUUCAACUGAAAUAUCUCGACACUCUUUCACAUAAAGAAUGUCAAUGGAGAUCCCCAAAUCUAUUUGAAUUGCAUCACUAUAAAAUAUUUGAACUUACCCUCCUAACUGGAAAUAGGGAAUUCCUGUCAGUGGCAAGGACUCCUUCAUGCUCUGAUUCCUGCCACAAGAAAUGUUUAAUGUGUUCAAAGUUUUGGAAAUAUCGCAGAAGAGUCUUUGUGUGGUUAAGUUAUCCUUGCAAGGCUACUGAGAGUCACCCAAACUCUAAGCUAACCCUGCUUCUUCUGGGGUAGUUUGUCCAUCAGCCUGCACUCAUCUCUCACCUGUGAAUCCUAGAGGCUGUCAGCAUGCAACAGCGACCACACCCUGGGAACGGCUUCGGCUAGCUGGCUAAACCAGGUGAGGGUAGCCGAUGUGACUCAACCAUUGAUGAGUUAGGGACUUCCCUUGCAUGUGAAGACAGACUCCUGCAGAUUGAGCAGACAAGACUAGUAUUGUCUCCAACAGUCAAGGAGAUGGUUUCUGCACAUGCUGCAGAGGGAAGUGAGGGGCAGAUGGGGCUCAUCCAGCUGGAAAGGUAGCCCACCUAGGAGAAGGAAAACUCUGAUGCUAAAUCUCUGCUGCCUUGUGGAAUACCUUCAGGAGAAGAAAAGGCAAAGGAGCAGGGCUUUUUUUUUUCUGCCGGAACUUGCCGGAAGUCAGUUUCAGCACCUCUCAAGUGGGCGCUAUUGCCGUUCUAAGAGAAUGAGGGAGGUUUUCAUGGUGAGUCCUGGCACGUCUUUUUUUUUAAAAAGCACUGCUAAGGACUUGGAGUAAACCCAAGACAAAUCCAGAGUGGAGACCCUAAGACAGUUGGAUGGUGACUUGUACACCUCCUUCUGGCAACUCCUGCCACCAAGUUGGUGCCAGACAUAUUGCUCUGCUUUCCUUUGAAACCCCAUCAGCGAGGCUGGGGUGGUGGUGUCCUGUCUUCUGGGCAGCCCAGGACCUCCAUACACACUGCCCAGGCUUACACCCCGGGGUGGUUACUUCAGUACUGCUAGUGCAGUAGCUUGACUUCACCCCCAGAGGUGCAUUCCAUUGUCUCUUGAGACAGAUGGAUACCAAUGAAAAGCACUAUGCCAUGGGAACUAGGAAAUUGCUGUUUUCAGAAGCAGAAAAGCCUGAGAUUAUCUUGGGGCCAAACUAGAUAUGAUCAGGGGAGAGUAAGUAUUAGCUCUCCCACUCUUUAUUUAUUGGACGAGUGAAACCAACCAAUGCUUCCCUCUGCGAGGGAGCCUUCCCAGACCCGCUGAAACCGCUUCUUAAAAAAAAAUAAAAAUUAGACCCGGCCAAUAUGGCCAACUAUCGCCCAGUCUCAAAUCUACCAUUCUUUGGCAAGGUGAUUGAGCGGGUGGUUGCUAAACAACUCCAAGCACACCUGGAGGAUGCGGACCAUUUAGAUUCCUUCCAGUUGGAAUUCAGGCCUCACCAUGGGACUGAAACUGCCUUGGUUGCGCUGGUCGAUGAUCUUUGGUGGGCUAGGGACAAAGGUGAGAGCUGUUUCCUAGUUCUGCUGGAUCUCUCAGUGGCCUUUGACACCAUUGACCAUAACAUCCUUCUGGACCAGGGGUUCCCAAACUGAGGCCGGAUGUGGCCCGCACGAACCAGUUGUGCGGCCCCCAAUGACCCCUGCCGCCUCCUGGCGCUGCCUGCUCUUAUUGGCGCGCUGCGGUGCGGUUGCCCAUCUCCGUGUUGGCACAGCGCCGGAAAUAGCUUAUGUGCACGUGCGGGCCGGAGGGCAGGGGAACACGCUCCCAUACGCAUGCGCACAAGCUAUUUCUGGUGCCGCGCCGACCCGGAAGUGCACUGGAAAUGAUGCCUGCGCAUGUGCAGAAGCAAUUUCCGGCGCAGCACCGUGCUAGAAAAAGCAAUUGUGUGCGCGUAUAGGAGCGCGUUCCCCCGCCCUCUGACCCGCCACGUGAUCAGCGCCGGAGGAAGCGGCCCGAAGCCGGGUAAGUUUGGGGGCCCCUGUUCUGGACUGUCUAGAGGGUCUGGGAGCUGGGGGCACUGUUAUACAGUGGUUCCGCUCCUUUCUCCUGGGCCGUGUCCAGAAAGUGGUGUUGGGGGAUGAGUGUUCAGACCCCUGGGCUCUCACUUGUGGGGUGCCUCAGGGUUCCGUCCUCUCCCCCAUGCUUUUUAAUAUCUAUAUGAAGCCGCUGGGUGUUUAUCAGUAUGCAGAUGACACCCAGCUCUACCUCUCUUUUAAAUCAGAACCAGUGAAGGUGGUGAAAGUCCUGUGUGAGUGCCUGGAGGUGGUUGGAGGAUGGUUGGCAGCUAACAGAUUGAGGUUGAAUCCUGACACGACAGAAGUACUGUUUUGGGGGGACAUGGAGGCGCAGGUUAAUUCUGUGUCCAGGGCGGCUGUCUACCAGCUCCAUCUGGUACACAGGCUGAGACCCUACCUGCCUGCGGACUGUCUCGCCAGAGUGGUGCAUGCUCUAUGAAUCUCCCGCUUGGACUACUGCAAUGCACUCUACAUGGGGCUAUCUUUGAAGGUGACCCGGAACUGCAAUUAUUCCAGAAUGCAGCAGCUAGAUUGGUGACUGGGAGUGGCCGCCGGGACCACAUAACACUGAGAGACCUACAUUGGCUCCCAGUAUGUUUCCGAGCACAAUUCAAAGUGUUGGUGCUGACCUUUAAAGCCCUAAACAGCCUUGGUCGUGUAUACCUGAAGGAGCGUCUCCACCUCCAUCAUUCAGCCCGGACACUGAGAUCCAGCGCCGAGGGCCUUCUGACGGUUCCCUCAUUGCAAGAAGCUGCUAUUUGCCCUGCAAGAGAAAACAAAGCAUACAGGUAUCCAUAUUAUUAAUAGCUUCAGAAGAUGAUUUUCACUUAAACAACAGCACAGAGUAAAGGGUUUAACAUACCCACCCCACUGCAGUUCCAAUCAAAUUCCCCAAUGUACUCCUGCAACUGUUGUUAAACUGUAAAAGUAUGUACAUUGGAUGUCCUCUUGUGGUCUUCUGUUGUCCUGCAAACCCUUUGACAAGUGUCAUAUUCUGUGUAGGAUUCCCCAGGUAUGGAACUGCAGAAGACUGCAGGCCUGGUUGUUGUUGCUGCUGCUGUUCAUUCUCCUAAGCACAGUUAGUGCCCACUUCCCCUGAAGCACAUGAAUUUUCUGUUUGCAUUUAUUAGCUAAGAUUAUGCUGUUUAUCUUGAGGAUUAGAUGAGUUUGUUUAGCAUUACUUCUAGGCAUCUGAUAUCUCAGAUCUCUGGGGCACUGCUUUAUAUGGUGCCAGAGUAUGGCUUAUCAUAUUCCCACACCCACCUUGCUCCUUCCCAGGCUUUUUUAGGUCAGCACAAGACAGGAGAUAAGCCAAAGUUUUGCUUAUUGUGUUGUCUGAACCCAGAAUUGUUGUUAAGGAGGAGAUAGUGUACAACUUCCAGAGCUGUGAAAGGACUGAACUUUGGCUAUUGUCAUGUUCUCAGCAUCAUGGCUGGCCAGUUUGGCAAUGUUGUGGAGAUGAUAUGGCAAAGUUUGAAAUGGAUGUUUGAGCUGGAUACCGCGAUUGGGGGGGGGCGCUAUUUACUCUGACUCAGAUCUGCCCCAUUACACACAGACUCAGAGUAUCAGACAUAAUGAAACCACCUUCUUCUUUCUUUGGUGAUCACUCGUAGCCGAGUAAGAUUGUCUUCCAUGAACUUAACAGUGAGUCCAUAAGUGACUAUGGAGGCCAAUUCUGGAUCCACACAUCCUUCCAUAGUGGGGACAUAGGUUUCCAGACAGGAGUUGAUCAUGGUGAGGGUUUGCCAAAUGUGCCUUCCUCUUAGCACGUUUCUCCCUUUUGUCCUGAGUUUGAGUGUCUACAAAGUCCAUGACACCUUUGGUAAAGGCAGCAUCUUCCACCAUGUGAGCAGGAAGAAACCAGCAACCAAAUGCUGUUGGCAUCCCUGCACUCAGAGGUAGAGUUUGCCCUGGCAGCACAUAUUCCUUGCAAGUACAUUUUUGAUUGCAGCAUGUAAAGAGAAGGAAGGAGGCCUGCAGAGAAGAGAGCAUAGAGCCCUCUUUGAGAUAAGAACUCAAGACUCACUGAAGGAGUAGAAGUGUCUUUUGCCAAGCAGGGAAAGGGAAGUACCAGAUUAGAGGGCAAAGGAAACUGUAACCACUUCCUGACAACAGUGCCCUCCAUUAGCUCACUGUAUAGGGCACAAGGUAGGGAAACUGGAGUUUGAACCUCACCAGGGGGAAUAGGGAGAAGAUGACCCACACUGGAGACACUACUCAGCAGUUCCCUAUUGGCAGCAGACAGGAAACAGAUGCACCCUGACGCAUUGGUUUCCCUCAGCAUUGAGACCCAGUCACGUGUGCCAGAAGUACAUAGGUUGCAGAUGAAGCCUGGCGGAACAAGUGGCAUUCUCAUGGAGGGGGUCUGAAAGUAGAUCAUACCAGGGAGAGGGUUUUACCGCCUUCCGGCAGUAAAAGAGCAUGAGUGCACAAUCUUGACCAGAUGCCAGUCCUAUUGAAUUCAGUGGGGCUUACCCUGAGGAAAGGGGGUUAGGAUUGCAGCCAAAUCGUAGUGAACAGCACCUGGGAUGGAAGAGAGCCUGAAAAGAAAUGUCUGUGGCAUAACCAGUUACUCCAGGAGGGCUGCUGCGGUGCCCCUCGUGGCUCACAACUUCAUGUUGAUACUGAGAACAAAGAGUGGCUGGAAGAAGUAUCCUGGGAACAGGCAGGGGCACCCUGAUUGCUGGUCAUGGGGUGCUCUUCCUUGGGGCCUACGUGGAAUGGAUACCCCAUUCCUUGUAGGCCAUGGGGAAAGCCCACCCCAUGAAAGCUUGGUACCUGUGGGCCCAUGGAGAGCAAGAGGCAUCUGCUGCCAGACUAUAGUACCUGCAUCUCCUCAAGCACAGUUGGUGUUUGUAAGAGAAGACUGAGUGCCUCUUUCCCCCACCCGCCAUAAGUGCUGCCAUGAGGGAAGCCAUCCUUCUCCCUGUCUCAUGGGAGUUUGCAGUGGAACUGUGUGUGUGCGCUCAAAGAGCAUGUCUUGAUCCAUAUGUCCAGGCUGUGAUCCAGCAAGGCAGAAGUGUUUGGGCCAGCAGUAUCAGUGUAUGGAAUGGAGUGCCAUGCCUUUACCAACAAAUAGUUUACCUAUAUGUGCGGAUGCCUUGUACGGAAGAGACUGUUUCUUGCUGCUCUGGCUAUGGGGGUGGGUGGGGAGCAAGCAAUACAGUUCAGACAAGACACAGUAUUAACAUAUAGCAAAGUGGGGGGUGGUGAAAGACAUAGGAGACAGUUGAAUCAGUCAUACUUUGUGGCAUACAGCCCCCCCCUCCUCCUCCGGCGUUAAGGACCUGUCAUGGAGAAUUGCCUAUGCUGAUUUUUCUUGGAAAGUUUGGCUUUGAUGGAUAUGCAGUACUUUCAUCGGACAUAAAAACAUAUGAAUGAUUCAUUUCUAACAAUCUACACAAUAAUUUGUAGGAGGCCUCUUAAGGGGAGAGAAUAGUUAAUCAUAAAAAGAAAAGAAUUUCCCCCUCCCCUAAGAAUCUUUGAGUUUGGCUCCUGCUAGCUAGUUUUAUUGAGUGACAUGUACAUUUAUCAGGAAUGUACAUGUACAUUUAUCAGGAAAGGAAAAUGGUCAGUGCAGAAUUAUCUUAAAGUAAUCUGAAGACACAAGUACAUUGAAUUACCCUUACUGCAAUGAAAUUAUGAAAUGUGUUCCAAAAUAAAAUUGAAUUAAAGUGUUUUCUGAGCCAAAGUGUCUCAGCAGUUCUUACUGAAAAAGCAUGUUAAUUUGGUGACACCUGCCACGUAGGAUACCAUUGCAACAGAUGGUAAAACUAGCUCCCCCCCCUUUUUAAUUAUUUAAUGCUAUACUCUUCUUUUUCCAGUGCAGAUUUUCCCAGUGAGGAAAUGUGAGCAGGUGUUUUUAUCCUACUUAUAAGUUUUAAUAUGUCAUACUUCAGCUGCUUUCAGGGAACUUUGAGUUUGUAUAUUUUUAAGGAGCCAAACUUGCCCAUCAAAUUUGGGUAACAUUCUUGAGAGAUUUUAACAGUUUGUUUUGUCAGGGUCCCCCCUACCCCUGCCCUUCCAAAUUUAGGGUUCAGGGAUUUAUUCUCGAUGAAAGUGCACAUGCAUGCAUUACACACAGGCAUGCAGAGGCUUCAGAUGACAUGGAGACUUGUUGUAACUUCUGUUCCAAGGCCCCAGUUGAAAGAAGGAAGAUGACUAACCAUUCCUUACUGUCUUACGCUACCAACAUACACAUAAGUCCCCUCCCCAAAGUUACACAGACUUCUGAUUCAUGGAUAAUAAAAUAUGUAACAUCUGUCCCCUGAGGCAGACUUUCAACAAUUCCUUCCAGACCCAGCGACUCCAAAUUCCUAGAUACUGGAUUCAUAUCAUGCUGCUUUUUAACUGACCUGCUGCAGUCAGCUGCAGGUUAUAUCAGUCUAAGGUAAUUUCAACAACAGAUCAACUUUUACAGUUCAGUCGUAUACAUUCCUACUCAGAGGUAAGCUCCAUUACAACAUCAUGACCUAGGAAGCUGCCUUAUACUUAGACUGUUGACCCACCUAGCUCAGAAUUGUCUACUGUGACUGGCAGUGACUCUCCAGGGUUUGUGUGAUAGAAUCAUGUGAGACUGUACUCAGUAACGUGGGGAUUUAGGGAAGUUUUUGAAAUUCAUGCUAGUAAUUCAUUCUAAUUUGGGAUCCUGCAAUCCGUACUACCAUCACUGCCCCCAACUGCAAUCUGAAGUGGUGCAGUCCAGGAACCUUACUCCUGAGAACUAGGCCCCAAUUAAACCUGAUUGUGUAGAAUGUCACAAACUUAGUUGCGAAUAAAUAUUGCAGCAUUGGGUCUAGAGUACCAAAUGUUGAACUUGCCUUUAGUAAUUGGAUUGGAUAGUUCAGUGGAUAUUCAUUCUCAUUUUCUUAAACCAGGACCUUUCUUUUCAAGUAAAACAUUGUUAGGAAGAAAGCUACAUUGAAAAACCUAAUCACUCUCUGUAUUGCAGGCUUAUCAUGAAUGUCAAAUAUUUAAAUUUGCAAAGGCCACUUACAUCCACACUUGGAAAAACUGAUGGCCCUGUUUUUCUUGCAGACACCAAAGAUGCUGACGAGGAAGAUUAAGCUUUGGGACAUCAAUGCCCAUAUAACCUGCCGCCUUUGCAAUGGUUAUCUUAUUGAUGCUACCACUGUAACGGAAUGCUUGCAUACCUUCUGCAGGAGUUGCUUGGUAAAGUAUUUGGAAGAAAAUAACACCUGUCCCACAUGCAGGAUAGUUAUACACCAGAGCCAUCCACUACAAUAUAUUGGUCAUGACAGAACAAUGCAAGAUAUUGUUUACAAACUUGUUCCAGGUCUUCAGGAAGCGGAAAUGAGAAAGCAGAGGGAUUUCUACCACAAAUUGGGCAUGGAAGUACCAGGUGACAUCAAAGGGGAGACGUGCUCAGCCAAGCAACAUUUAGAUUCCCACCGUAAUGGGGAAACAAAAGCAGAUGAGAGUACAAACAAAGAAACGUCGGAAGAGAAACAGGAAGAAGAUAAUGAUUAUCAUAGAAGUGAUGAGCAGGUAAGCAUCUGCUUAGAAUGCAACAGCAGCAAAUUACGUGGAUUGAAGAGAAAAUGGAUUCGCUGCUCUGCACAAGCUACAGUCUUACAUCUAAAGAAGUUCAUUGCCAAAAAGCUUAAUCUUUCUUCUUUUAAUGAGCUGGAUAUAUUAUGCAAUGAAGAAAUUCUGGGCAAGGACCACACUCUAAAAUUUGUAGUUGUUACGAGAUGGAGAUUUAAGAAAGCACCUCUACUGCUACAUUACAGACCCAAAAUGGACUUGCUGUAAGAACUAUUUUGUCCUUCUGGACGGUUUUUUGCAGAGACUAUCAUCGGGCACCCUCUUAGUGCAUCACGCAAUUCACCCGUGACACAGACCAGCAGAAUUCAUUCCCGAGAACAGUAGUGCUCUCCUGUUCAACCACCCUGAAUCUUUCUCCGAGGGAUGCAUUAACCUGACUUUCUGGACAGAAAAAUAUUUAUACUUUUUUCUACAAAAAGAAAAAGAAAAAAAAGGAUAUCGCAACUCGAGAGGACACUACCAGCACGAAGUUUACAGACAAUGAAAACACUUCACAGUUCCCUGUGUGUAGCUCAGUUCUUGGUCAUCAUCUUGCAAAGACGCAAAAUAGGUUAAAAAUGUUGUGAAGGAGAUGAAUUUCUAAUUUGUUGCCCCUAAGCCACUUUUGUGUUGCUUCACAACGUAACGUUAAUGUGGCAUAUAUUUUUUUGCAAGAUUUUCUGUCUCUUUAUACCUCACGGCCAUCUUGUCUGUUAGUAAGCCCUUCCUAGAUUAUUUAACAUUGACAAAGAUCUAAUGGCUGGCAGUGAAUUUCCUGGGUUUCACUGUUCUAGACUGUUCUCCUUGGUUCCUUUGCUGAUGCAUUUGAUGAGGUUAUUGGAAGACUUUCAGUUGUUUCCAUUCGUGGUUUUAUUAGUCACAUCAAAAGUGCUGAGCAUUUAGAACAUAGAUCUUGCGGAGCUGGGGCUGAUAUUGGACUGAGAGAUUUUGCCUUUCAGUAAAUGAAAUAAGCCAUUGGCAGCCUUAACUACUUGAACUCCAGUCUUGUUCCUUUUGAACAACACACUAAUACUAAUGCUGCAGCACACUCUGGCGACAUGCGUUAGUACACUGACUUUCUUUCUGGUUUCUGGUUUCCCUAGUAAGUCAGUUCUGUUCACCUGACUCUCUGCUGAAUUAACUUUAUGGGGGUCAGAUUUAGAUGGCAAUGUGGUACUUCCUGGCCUUAAUUAUAAAUCUUUAUUUAUUUUUUAAUCCAGCCCCCUAAGAAUGCAUUAGCCCCUCUAAACUAUAUAAGUACUGUCUCUCUCAAUAGAGGAUUGAACAGCUUAAAAAAAGGAUAAAUGCUGCUCUACUUUAAGCAACUUGAGAUUUUUUUAUUUUUAAAGUUUGCGUUCGGGUGGGACUUCUGCAAGUUUGCACCACGCACAAAGUGGGUGUGUGACAAACGGCAUGCUAGCCUUCAUUGGUCAAGGGCAUGUGAGGCCCUUUCAUUGGGGGCCAUUUAGAUGGUCCAUUCUGGGCGCACCCAGUAACAUGUGUGCAUACUCUCAUUGUUGCACGUAACCCUACGUACUGGCAUGUUUUCCCUCUCCCACAUGCACAUACAUGCACAGAGGCAUGUGUAUUCUUUGCAUGUACACAAACCUGCCAUUCCUCCAUCAGGCACCAGCUUGGCUGGGACUUGUAUUUGUUCCAGGGACUGGUAGGGAAGAGGGUACAUCACUUUCCAUGAUGUUUUGCCGUUUUGCAGUACGCUGCCUUCAGUUAGUUUCUCCUAUCUCUGUUGCUCAUAAACCCGCUGCUGGUGGGAUUUGGGCUUGACGAGAAGCACAGAGCGGCCAAAUGAAUAAGUUUCAGAGAGACUGGCAGGAAGGUCGAGGGGGAGAUGAUGUUUCCCCAGACUUGGUAGAAGGCUUCCCCCCACUUAGGGAGACUUAUGCUUGAGUAGCCAAUAUGCUUAGCCCAUAGCAAUUUGCCCAUCUUUGCUACUUGCUUUUCUGAUCAUUCUUGCUCUGUAUUAAUGGGUGCAGGUGAAUGACUUUCCUUUGUGGAAGAAGCCCAAACAGGGUGCAACAAGGGGGUGGUGUAAUAUGGCGUGCGGACCAUUUAACAAAUCCUUACCAAAUGGAAGUCCAAAGCAGGUAGUUGCUGGACAACAUUGAGAUCAAGUAUCUAUGUUAAUAGCAUACACUCAAGUUAAAAUACUGCUCUCAUCUUCUUGAAUGGAUUAUUCUUGCAGCACUAGACCUCCCCCACCUCUUCAGUUUGGAAUUAAGUCAUUUCCUUCCCUAGUCCUGAUUUUUCUAUUGUCAUCAACUAGAAUUAAAAUUAAUCACCGAACUUCUUCCAGCGACUGUCCUCAUCUAUGCCUUUGGCUCUUCCUGUCAGUGUGCUAGGAGCCCAUCUUUCUAAGGUGAGCAGUGUGGCCUUCGUUACCUCAGAUUUUAUCAUGGCAAAUCUGAAUAGGUGGAAGUCAAAGGAGUCAGUUAGAGGAACGAAGGGGAAAUGGGAGCAAGUAGGAAAUGUUGAGAUGACUAGAUGAGAUUUGGCUUAGCAGUAGACGGCACUGGGCACUCUUUCGGUGGAAAGUUUUCCAGGGUAAGCCCUGUUGAAAUUAAUGGGCACCACAAAGACUACACUAAACAUUAAGGGCACUUAUCCUGUUCACAGGAGAAUUUUCCAUUGGAUAAUUCCCCUUAAAUUUGUAGCUUCUACUUCUUAAUAAGGCCAUACUUCUGUGAAAAGCAAUUUCCCAUUUCAUGUUAAGCUAUUGCUGGCCAUUGUUCAGAAAGUAUCUUCCAAUAUUAAAAAUGAAAGCACUGGUUAUUGGAAGACUAUGGAUUUGUGGAGUGUGGAGGACUAUAUGGGACUGCCCUGGAAAAAGAAGAAUCUUAAGGUUUUCCCCAAAUUCACAGGCCAUAUGGUGCUAUCUGAAAACAUAUUGGCUAACAUUGCUUAGUGAGCCUUAAGCGUGGAGCCUUGUCCAAUAGCCACUUGAUUCAAUUAAUCUUUUAGAGGGUUAAAUGACCAUAUACAACUAUUCAGUCUACCUCAGACUAGAUACACAGCUGAAUUGUAUGACCAAUGCCAUCUUAAAAUACGGAAUAUAAAUGUUAUCCUGUGUAACUUAAAACUGAGGGAUUAAAUAGUAUCAAGAUGCAAACUACAACCCCACAACUCUUGACUGCAGCAGUCUACAGAAUCUGUAUUGCUAAGUUUCUAGCAAAUUUUUGAAUCACUUGAAUUUGAUACGGUGCUAUAUAAAUAUAUUUAAAUAUAUAUCUAGGCAGGUGCAUGGAACCAAAGCCAGCAGUUGACACCUAAGCUGGUUUUGCUGCUCUUCAACGAGUAUUUAUCUCUGCUUUUAUAACAGCCUGAUGAAAACAACCUUGGCAGAAAAUGUUUGGGUUUUUCUUUCUUUCUCAACAGCUUCUUACAAUACGUUUUUUUUUUCCUGUGGAAACUUAGUUCCUUGGGGUGUGUUUGUUCCAAAGACCUAGCUGACUUGUUUUAUCAGAAAAAAACACAACUACAGUGGAUACCAACAGAGCAGAUCCUUGUGAUAGAAAUUGUCUCUCUUCUGUGAAGUUUUUAAGGGGCAGGUUGCACAAUGAUUAUGUUGGCAAAACAUUCUGUUGAUCUUCUGGCUUUAGGUCUUGGAAUCAUUUUCAGCUUGAGUGGCUCAGGCCACACAAUUUGGCCGAAUAAGUGAUCUAUUAAAGUUACUGUGAAGUUGGUUUUUGAGGUUUUUUCUUUUCUUUUUUCAAACGACUGCUUACCGCUGGUAAAUAAAUGCAGUAAAAUUAUCUUGUUGCAUUAUCCUCAGCAACAAAAGAGACGAGCAUAACGCAGGUUCAUGUUCUCGCUUGGUAUAAUUUUCUUUUAAAAUAGAGAAAUCAGAAUAUAUAAUAUUGAAUUUUAAAUAAGAUUGGGGCAGGGGGGGUUAAAAGUUAACUUUAUAAAAUUAUUUAUUCUAUUUUAAGCAUUCUAUCUUACUUUUUACCAUCUAAGUAUUUUUUUUGUUUUGAUGGUCCAGCUUUAUUUAUGGGCAUAUAAAAUGAAAUUGUGAGAUGUUUUUUACAAGCUUCUUCCUUCUUUUUGUGAGGGCCAGAUUGGAUGUUGUGCUGAAUGAGUGGCUGCAACCAAAAAUGGUAGCCGUGUGUCAAGUCUUCUCUCCACCUCUGUAAUGUUUAUGAUUACUUAUUUGUGCUCUCCUGCCAUUUUGCAUGUCUUUGCACCCUUCCGGAGGCAGACAAUGAUAUGAGAAAUGGUGAAUGCUCUUACAUGAGACACAGAUAAGUUGUACUAGAUAUUAUGGAGCAGUAAAGAGGGAAGAUACAGCUGUGAUUAUGUUUGACAGCAGCUGCAUAUUUAGCGUAAUAUUUAGUUUGGCCCCUUCUUUGAUUUAUUUUUAGUAUGUUUUUGUUUUGUAUGGAUAAAGAGCAUUACUUUAUGCUUUUUGUGCAAUAGGUUUGAAACAUGCUUUUGUUAGGCACACCUUUAAGAUUUUAAAUGUAGCAUCUACUAACCACAGAUCUGAAAAGGCAUGUAGGUGGGUUUAAGUGUACAUUCAAAUGGGCUCUUCUGUUUUUGUUUUUCCUUCCUUCCUGGGAUUUUUCAGAGUGACAUUUGGGAGUUGUGUCUGUGUGAAAGAACUACCUGUCAGCAAUAUUUUUUAACAAAAUGAUUUGGCAAAAAAACUCUUAAAUGUAAAAUGUGGAAGAAAUCGGCAAGACUUGCAACCUAUCCGAAUCUUUUUUUGUGUGCCAUUAAUAUGUCUGGUAUUUCUCUCUUAUUUGUAUACCAUUUAACCUGGAAAUAUUUAUUUCUCAGUGGUUGUGCAAUGCUCCAGAUACAAACUGUAACCUUGGAGGGGAAAUGCAAUCAUUUUAAAAUAUCAGACUUUAAAAUAUGAUGGUGCUAUUCUCCCCCCCCCCUCAGUAGGAUUUGAGCCUUUUGAAAGCUUAUCUGGCUCUUAUUGUUUUCAUAACAAUCUAAUUAGUCUUGGGAGAUUCACUGUCCUGUUUCUUUUCCAGUGGAUGACAACUCUAUUAAGCAUAGCCUAUUUGCAAUGAUUUGAAACUGAGCUGUAAAUUUAAAAGCAACAGGAGAAAGCCAACCAGUUUGUACAUCUACACAAUAACUUUGAUAACUUUAUAUUUUAACCAGUACAUACGAAAUGCAUUUACUGCAGACGGUUAAAACUGUAUUUUACAGAAAAAAAUCUGUUUCUGUAUUUCCUCAGGUAAUUGCUCCAGUUUUAAACACUUCACGUGAUACCUUAACUUAACAUAUACACACGUGCCCUCCAAUUACAAAUGUAAAAAGAUGAGGUGCGCAGGCAGACCCCAUUGCAUGCCAGAAUUGCAAGUGGACGUAUUCACCUUAUAGUCAAAAUGUGCACAGGGAAUGCAACGUUUUUAGUAAGAUGCAUACUGUUGGCAUAGAAACGCAGUUUCCGCUUUAAGUGGAAGUGGUGGCUGAAUGCACAUUCUCCAGGAAUUGGUUUCUAACCCUAAAAAACUGGCUGCUGUUGUUUGAAUUCCUCCCCUCUUGGUUGAGCACAAAUUGUGCCCUGGUGGUGACUCACAAAGAUCCAGGGUUUCUGCUGAGCAGCUGCAAAUUGGCAGAGAAGAUGGAGAUCUGCAGCGGAGGAAGCAGGGUGUUUGUGUGUGUGUUGCUUAACCAUUUCCCCUACCGACCACUUGCCUCUACAGUCCUGCAAACAUGCUUCUGGUACCCUGGCUGGGGUGAAGGAGGAAAGUGGUGCAGGAAAUGUUAAGCACUUUCUCCCACCCUAUUCCUCUUUGCUGCAAUUGGUUCCCUUAACCCUACUGUUUUGCAGCUCUGUGGCAGAUCUCUGUUCCAGGCCUUGUUCUGUUGCUGAAUGUGUUGUUCUGACCACUACACCUGUCUGGAGUUCUACGAAUGCCCAUGAGCGUUGAACCUGUCGAAGCUACAAGUGGGUCCUCCUCCUCCUCCUAAUGUUUUGUGUGAAUGGGCACAUUUACUUGGGUGAGGAAAGUUACCUAAGGUGCACUGUCAGGUAUUGCAAAAUGCCCUAUUUAAAAAGGCAGCGAUAACAGCCAAGUGACAGGGCAAAUGUCAAGAAUACCAUUCGUUUGCAACGAGAUAAAUUUAGGGUUAUGGGACAAUAAGCCAGUGCAACCGUUUAAGCCU